CUUCAAAAUAUUUUGAAAUGCAUUCACCUAAUGCUGUAUCAAAUAUAGAUACGAAAAAUUCAAAGUUAGACGAUACUUUGAAAAUAAUUAAGUAUAAAAAAUUUGAUUUAAGUUCUUUCCGGGAUAUUUUAUCACAGUGUUGUCGAUAUUCAUCAUGUAAAUGUAAAGCUACAAUAAGUUCUGUAUCAGAAGAAUAUAUGCCUUCAAGUAUUAUCAGUUCAAUCGUAUUUGAUAAAGAAAAUUCCCAUUUUGCCAUUGGAGGAGUCACUAAAAAAAUAAAAAUAUAUGACUUUAAUUUAAUAGAUUUCAACAUAAAUGCUUUUCAAUAUCCUUUAAUACAAAUUACUUUAUCGACCAAAUUUCUUCUUUAUCAUGGAAUUUUACGCAUCGAAAUAUUUGGAAUGUUGAUACUUGUAUUCGUACGAGAUGUUUUAAUGAGCGUUCAAAAUGCUGUUGGAGUAUAG